CCCCACCCCCACUUCUGCAGCUGUCAUGGCGGCCUGGCGGUUAAGUUUGUGCGCCCGCAGUCUUUCGGCGAUUAGAGGACUCCAGACUAACCACCUUCGCUGGAAAUCGAGCUCCUCUAGAGCUGUGAUUGCCCGGUCCUCUGUGAAGCGAAAGGAGCAGAGAGAACCGACCGAGGGCUGGAUGGAGGACCCAGACCCCAAGGACGAAAACGUCUACCUGAAGAACUCCAACUUCCAUGGUUAUGACGAUGACCCUGUGAUAGACUUCUGGAAUAUGCAAGUCGUCUUCUUCUUUGGCUUUUCCAUCGUCCUGGUCUUCGGCACCACCUUUAUGGCUUAUAUCCCUGACUACGGGAUGGUCCAGUGGGCCCGCCAGGAAGCUGAGAUGCUCGUGAAACACCGAGAAGCCAGUGGCCUCCCAAUCAUGGAGUCCAACCGUUUCGAUCCCAGAAAGAUUCAGCUGCCAGAAGAUGACUGA